AUGUCUUCUACAGGAUUACCAAUUUCUGGAGACCUUGCAAGGGAGUUUGUCGAAUUUGUUAAUAGAGCAUGUACUCCAUUUCACGCUGUUGAAGUUCUCUCGUCAUGGUUACUUGCUUCAGGAUACAAUAGGCUUCUUGAAGGACAAGAAUGGCCUAACUUUUCAAGGGGAGGUAAAUAUUUUGUCACGAGAAAUGAUAGCAGUUUGGUUGCUUUUUCAGUUGGACAUAAAUUUGAUCCUGUAAAUGGUGUAAAAAUAGUGGGAGCCCAUACAGAUUCUCCAAAUUUCUCAUUAAAACCACGAACAAAGGUCGAUAAAGGGGAAUAUCAGGGGGUUGGUGUUCAAUGUUAUGGUGGAGGUUUAUGGCAUACAUGGUUUGAUCGAGAUUUAACUAUUGCAGGCAGGGUUUUUUUUUCUUCAUCUAACCUGGAAAAACGUUUGGUUAAUUUGGAAAAACCAAUUAUGCGUAUACCAUCUCUUGCCAUUCAUCUUCAAUCGGCAUCUGAACGUGAGGCUUUUGCUCCAAAUAAAGAAAAACAUCUUGUCCCGAUAAUUGCCACUCAACUUUCAGCGUCACAAAAAGGAGAUAAUGACAAGAAUAAUUGUACUCAUCUUUUAAAAUUAUUGUCUGAAAAAGUUGGUUGUGCACCAGAAGAUAUUGUGGACUAUGAUCUCAGUGUAAUUGAUACCCAAGAAGCAACGAUUGGUGGAAUUUCUGAUGAAUUUAUAUUUGCACCACGGUUGGAUAAUCUUAUUUCAUGUUUUUGUGGUAUUAAAGCUCUUUUAAAAUCUGAUGAAUCCCUAGAAUCAGAGGAUAUGAUAAGAAUGGUUUGCCUUUUUGACAAUGAAGAAGUGGGGUCUUCAACUUCUCAAGGUGCAGGUGGAACUCUUGUUCCUGAUCUUAUCGAACAUAUUAUGAAUUCAAAGGCUCUUCGUUCAACAAUUGUGGCAAAUUCUUUUUUGCUUUCUGUCGAUGGUGCUCAUGCACUUCAUCCUAAUUAUAAGGACAAACACGAAGAUAAUCAUCGUCCACUUCUUCAUCAUGGUCCUGUCAUUAAAUACAAUGCAAAUAUGCGUUAUGCCACAAAUGGCGCAACUGCUGCAGUGAUUAAGUCAAUCGCAAAAAAGGCUGCAGUACCACUACAAGAGUUCUGUGUUAAAAAUGAUUCACCAUGUGGUUCGACAAUUGGUCCAAUUCUUUCAUCUUUAUCUGGCAUCCAAACUGUAGAUAUUGGGAAUCCAAUGUUAAGUAUGCAUAGCGUGCGAGAGAUGUGUGGAACUGCAGAUAUAUUUCAUUUGACUAACCUUAUUGAGGCCUUCUUUAAGGAGUAUAAACGAGGUAUGAUACCAUCUUGA